CCCGAACGCACGCCGCCAACGUGCACUCUCGCGCGGAGCGAUGGCAUGCUUGACGUGAAGAAACAUGGCCCAGGGAGCCAAUCGCACUGGUCGCAGGCCAUCAAAACGCGCUAAUCGUCGCCAUCACGGAGGCAAUAUGGCGUUGGCGUUUUGGCUACGGGCGUGGGCGGAGUGGGAUCCUACCGUCUCUCUGGAACGUACGAAUUCCCAGACGUAGAGUCGGCCGCAUGUCGAGUGCACGCCGGGGCCAUUGUUGUGGACUGACGGGAGCCUUAUUACGACACCCGCUUUCCUGGUGCGAGCUCUCCUUCUCCGACAAUCUCUCAUCCUGCAUCAAAGCGCACGUCGUUGCGAACACGGCCUUUCUGGCCUUGGCUGAACACCGGUUCACGGACCAUGGCGGGCGCUGUCAAGAUCGGUGACUGUCUCAUGCUCUCGCAGAAGGCCUGGAAAUGCAGCAGAUCCUUUACCGGCCCGAAGAGCACUCCCCCGGAAUUCAAGGAGAUCGAGCACGAACUCGCGCGCCUUGCCAAGUCGUUGAAGCUCCUCGCGGAAUGUAUGUUUGCUGAAAAGGCCGAAUCGUUGCUGGCUGCUGCAGGAGACGGCACCAAGAAGGGCAUCUCUCUCAUUCUCGACUACUGCAAGUACACAUUGACCAAUUUGGAAAGCCUUAUUGAGCAGUACCAAAACCAAGACUCGGAAGGAUUCUCUGUCCAGAAAACAUGGAGCGAUCUCGUUCUUGCAAACUACAAGCAAUUCAUGUGGACUGUGGAUGGGGGCAGCAUCUUCAUCCUGCGGGACCUGCUGCACAUGCACGUGUCAACCACUGCGAUUGUCCGGCAGGCUCUGGAAAGCAACUCUCGCGAUCGAGUCGAAUGGACCGUCUCGCCCAUAGCUGAACGCAUUCAGGCCAUGGCAACGCAGGACGACCGCGACACGAGCGAGCAAAUCGAAGGUAUCGAACGAAUUGUUCAAUCAUUGCUGGACCAGUCUCCCACUUUGGGCGUGGCUUUCGAUCGAGUCAAUUCUGUGGGCAGCGACCUCUCUCUCCCCAGCAUUGGCCUAGGCAGCCAAAGGGGCCCCGGAAACUCUACCAGAGCAAGCACGCCUACUCGCACGGCGACACCGAGUACACUUAGCAAUGAGUCCCAGCCGGACAGCUCCAAUCUGUCCCGAGCUGGAACCAUCUCCCAGGGAGCGCCUCCAUUACGUGCGCCUAGCCGAAACAAGGAACUCAGGACACUAGAGAUCCGCUCGAAGACCUCGGUUCCUUCAAGUAUCGCGUCGUCGUAUUAUUCGCCUACGACGAGCCCGGACACGCUCUCUGGUUCCGAGCUGGCGCCUUCGGAGGCUGGCAUGUGGGAGAACACCUCCAGCGUCGGAUUUCCAAGUCCGCACUUGCCAAUCAAGUCCACACGAAGACACUGGAAGCCUCCAGACACUCGUCAAGUGGCGGGCAAGUCGCUUCCGGCCGUUCCAAAAACCGUCAUGGUGGAAAGGGCUCGGACGGAACAAGCGCUAUCAAUGCCAGCUCUUCCAACGCCCCCUGACUCCGACGUUGAGCACAAGGUGAACUAUCCGCUCCUACAUCAACGUCAACGCGCUCCAUCUGUGGCUGAAUCAAUUGUGCUACCGCCUUCCGCGUGGGAAGACGACAACGCAACCAUCAAGGACACGUCCCAGUAUUCGUUGAUGCCGUCUUCUGAUGCUGAAGCCAUCAUGCUCGGAAAACACAUGAGCACCAUCAGUCAGCAAGAAAAUUUCGAGAAGGAAGUGUUCAAGAACUCCGCCAUCUACUGCGACUUGCGGGCCAAGCAAGUAGAAUUUGUGCUACCGUCCAAGGACGAGUCGAGGCCGCACGAAACCCGGUUGGAGUCGGCCAUGAGGGAUUGUCGUAUCUGUCUAGUAAGAAGGCGGGAGACGUACAGCAACGGAGAGCCUCGGUUCACAACGUCCAUCUGGGCAUUCAGCGACGACAGGACGAUGAGACUUCAGCAGAGCAUCCCGGACGGCGAGGAGCUGGUUCCGUUUCCGUCGUACUUUCAGGACGAAAAGAUCUCCAUCACGAUUCCGACCGAUCUGACGUUCCACAGCCUCACGUACGGAGCGCCACCCAUCCGGACCGAAAGGUCCAAAUGGGUCAACUACAUCUUUGAAGACGAGGCCGCGGCGACUACGUUCGGCAACGCGCUGUUCGGCAAGACGUUGCUCGACAACUUCAAGACGGAGAAGACGACGCGGCUGCGCGACGGCAUCAAGGGUGCGAUGGCGUAUCAGGAGCAGAUGUGCGGCAUGGAGAAUCUCCGACUCUGGUCGCAAGAGCCCUCCGGCGCCGUCCUCGCCAUGAUCCACUUUUCCGCCAUGUUCAGGAAAGGGUGGCUGCAGUUUGUGAUCAACGACAAGGACCAGCCGAUCAAGGUCAAGGACGACGGCGGCAAGGCUGUCAAGCUGAAGGGACUGCGCAUUCCGGACGGAGAGUACCCGGAAGAGCUGCGGAAGAACAAAAAGUCCAAGGACGAUCUGAAAAAGUACAUCACGGGCGCAAAGGUCGAGUUCAAAGACGUCGCUGAGAAGUACAGAUUUCUCACCGUGGUGAGGGAGUUACAGAUCAGCGCUGUCACGCUCGGUGCGAAUGGCACCCGAGAGAUGGAUUAACGGAGCGACGACUGUGGCUAGCGAUGCUGCUCUCUGUUCACACUGUCAUGACCGGGCGGAGUUUUGGAACAAACUUUCAUCUUCUGGUACGAUUCCCCAAACCGUUGCGACAUCUCUCUCUCUCUCUCUCUCUCUCUCUCUCUCUCUCUCUCUCAAGCCUUGUGUAUUUUGCGGCACGUUUAGUAGCAAGUCCGCUGGAUGUACUGUGUAUUCUACUUACUUUUGCCUCAUGUUUAGAAGGCCCGCUAGCGCUAGCAAUGUCAAAAACAAUCCAUCUGCAUCCG